AUGAAUUCCGAGAAAGGAAAGCUACGGCACCAAAACCGUAAAGUCAAGGCGAUAUUCGGCACUCGCGACCUUCUGUUUUCUUUCAACGGCACUAUAAAAGAGCAGGUGCCUCCCUUCAAAGUGUUAAUAGCCUUACUUUCUUUCAAUAAUACUAUGGAAUUGAUGGGUAGACAAUCUUUUAUCGGCGCGUACUACUACUACUACUACUACUACUACUACUACUACUACUACUACUACUACUACUACUACUACUACUACUACUACUACUACUACUACUACUACUACUACUACUACUACUACUACUACUACUACUACUACUACUACUACUACUACUACUACUACUACUACUACUACUACUACUACUAUUACUACUUCUACUACUUAGGAGGAAGGCCACCAACGAGAACACCAGCCAGACUGAGCCGCUCGGCGAGACCUCGUAAAAUGUUUCUUUGUCGGCUCCUAGGAGCCAGAGCCAGUUGCUUUGGUUUUAUCAAGGACGUCCGAAUUUGGAUAGGAAUAAUUGUACUGUUCCUGGGAACACACUGA